AUGAAUACUAUAAAUAGCAGCACAUCAACUACUAUUUCAGAUACUGAUGAGGGUCGCAGAGAUGUAGAGUUUAGAAAGUUUGGAUCGGCCAUCGAGCGUGCACUUCAGUCAUUUGAUUCUGUCAGUGAAUGGGCUGAUGUCAUUGGAUUUCUCACUCGACUUGGAAAGGUUAUCUUUCAGCUCAACCAGCAGUUUUCGGCCGUUCCAAAAAAACUAAUUGUUUCAAAACGUCUUGCACAAUGUCUUAAUCCAGCACUACCCAGCGGUGCUCAUGCCAAAGCACUCGAAGUUUAUUCCUUGAUUUUUCAAGCUGCAGGAAAAGCACAAAUGGCUGAAGACUUGAUGUUGUGGUCAUAUGGCCUGUUUCCAUUUGGUGCGCAUGCUGCAGUUGCUGUCAAGCCACUACUACUGGGUAUUUAUGAAAAAUUCUAUGUUCCACUUGGAACAAGUCUUCGUUCAGCACUAAAAGGACUUAUUCUGGCCAUUUAUCCCAUGCUUGAAGAAGAAGGAAAUGAGUUCUUUGACAAAGCAGUGUCCAUUUUGGACCAGAUAUCAUUGGCAGUCGACCAUACAUACUUUUUUCACGCGUUGUGGCUCUCAAUUAUAUCUGCAAGCAAUCAGCGUCUUUCAGCAAUACACUAUAUACUUCGACGGUUUUCAAAAAUGAAUAGCACAGAAGAUAUGGUCGUUGUUGUUGGUAGUAGUACAAUCAAUGAUCAAGCUGAAAUCUUGGCCCCUGCCUUGGUUUGUCUAUUGAGCGAUAAAUCAGCUUUAGUUCAGCGUGGUGCACUUGAAUUGCUUGUCACACACUUUCCAGCGACUACAACACUAUUGACUGUAGAUGAUAUGCAACGUGUAGUUAGUGCUGCUGUUGGAGUUGUUCUUCGUCGAGACAUGUCAUUGAAUAGACGGCUAUACUCGUGGAUAUUGGGAUCUGCUGAAGUACCGCUACGUAAUGUAUCAACCAACAUUUCUCUGGUGUCGCAGGCUCUCAAGUGCAUGUUUUAUGCAAACAAUUCUGCUACUCCAAUUUCAGAACUUAAUCGUCCUUAUAAAAUCAUCAUCUCGCUGCUGGAUAAACCUGAACUUGGACCAUUGAUUAUGGACACGCUUUUUUUGGAUAUUUUACGCUCACUUAAGCGACAUUGUGAGCGCUCUAGCCAGCUUUCUGCAGAACUACUUUCUGUUGCAACUAUGCUACUGGACAAUCUUGAUGCGUUUUUUAUUUGGAAGCAGCUACAUGAAAUGCUGACGCUUGAUAAGGAUCAUAUAGAAAUUCAGGAUCUGGAACUGAUUUUAUUUGUACUGGAAAGUUUUAAAUUUUCUGAUGACGAAACACAGCGUGUGCAUUUGCCAUUCCUCUAUCAAACUAUUAGCGCUUCGCUGCAGAUCACCUCGGAAUCUAAUCAACAUCAGUCAAAUAUGGAACUGAGCUUGCGAUUGUACAUUUGUGCUAAAAUUUCUGUACUUGUUGAUAGCAAUGUGUUUUCUAAUUCAUGGAAUCUUCGCGAGUUUCGUGGGCUGAGUUUGGAGCGACGCGAGCGUUCAGCGUCUGAAAUGAAUAUAGAGAUGCAUCCUUCAGACAGUAUGGAUAAUGUAUCAUCACAAGAUGCUUUGUGUGAUUCUACAAUGGAAUUACUUUCUGGAAAUUUGGAUCUGUUGAUACCAAGUAUUUCUGCAGUUUACAGUUUAGCCGAUUCCAGCGAUCCACGCGUCCGAGAUCAGCUUCAAAAGAUCACGGUUGGUAAAUCUCCAUUAGACGCAGCACUAGCCUCAAUACGCAUCUUCACAGACUUUUUUAUUCGUUGUACAAACCCAGCCGAAUGUGUUUUUACAAGCAAUACUCAAUCUGAUCAAUCCUACAACUUUCGAAUAUGGGAUUGUCUUAUGAAAAUCCUAUCACGUCACGUUGAAGCUGGAUCCUCGUUUUCAAAGUUUGAUAGUGUGUGGAUGAAUGCCUUGGUUUCAUUCAGUACUAGAAGUGAUGCCGAUUUUUCGUUGACGACUCUUGGGCUACGCACCUCGUUUUCUAUUUUAAUUUCUGCUCGAUCACACUCUCGCACAACGAUAUCACACAGACUUUUAUCUGAAUCUAAUAUCAGCUUGAUAUGCUUUAAAUUGUGGAAUUUUUUGGUGUUUGAGCAUCUACCAUUCCACUCGGAUUGCGUUGCGUUGAUAUUGAAGUUGACUGAUAUUACUGGUGUAGCUAUGAUUGAAGACUGCAUUACAAAGCUAAUGUCUCAAGGAAAUACCAAUCAUCGCAUUGAAGAGUUUUAUAAAUUUGGAAUAUUCUGGCGACAUUUGGAAAGGCUUAAUUUGAACACCUGCUUGCUCUUUUCUCGUCCUCUUUUGCUUGUGCUUGACUCUCUCAAGAGUUAUGAUUUGCAACUGCAACUUUCUGCUCAAAAUUGGAUUCAAUUGUUUGUAAAAUCGUAUGCUAGAGUCAUACCACUACUUUUGACUGUUCUUACACACGUAGAUAUCUGCUUUGAGGUGAUAAAUGUACGAAUUGACUCUGAAUACGUUCAAGUAACCCGAUUUACAAAACCCUUCAAUCAAGCACAGGCCGGUCGCGCUUUUGAUAUUUUGAAUCUAUUGCUUGAAUUUGAUGACGUCAACUUUUUAAAUUCAACCAUGUCUUCCACCUUGAUACAACCAUGGAUUGAAUCUGCAUGCAUGUGGCCAGAAACAUGUUUUGAAAUCAGCAUACCUAAAUUAACGCUGCUGGAUACAGCUAUCAUUAUCUCGCUGAGAUUUAUUCUGGCCGAUUUUGUUGAUCUAGAAUACCCUGAUCCCAAUGACCUAUGUGCACAUUUAUUGAUUCAGCAAAACUCGUGCUUGUUUCUGCAAAAAAUCAUUUCCCGAUCAAGUGUGAUGCCCGCAUCGAUUUCGUUUCUUGUUCAUGAUAUGAUUGUUUGCAAACUCCAAAUAUGUUUAUUAGAAAAGAAAUUGGAACUUCAGCCGCAUCUUUUGAAGAUUCUUGGCUUGAUCUCAACACAUGCUUAUCAACACUACACUUUUCAUCAACUUCAUAGACUAAAGGCGGCCAAUGAUGAUGCCAUUCUUAAAGACAAGCCAUUGAUUGUAAAAACCAUGCUAAAGGCAAUAUCGUCUCAUCACAAUCGCUCUAUGCUAAAAUAUUGGCUAAACCUUGUACUUGCAAAUAUGCCGCGAUUUCAAUCCUACUUCACUUCGAUUGUCUUGCCAUUGUUUAUUACAAUGUGUGUUGAGUUGCGCGAGACACAGCAUCAGUUUGCUCGACUGGCCCAAUUUAGCAUACCAAAAUCAGCAUCUGCACAAAACCUAUUUUUUGCAGGUGGUUCCGGUUAUAAACUUAUUUCUGAUCGGUCAUCUUUCAAUCUUUAUGCCAACCCAGAAUUUGACACAUUGGCACUUCUUAAUGGUAUAAAAAGGAUGUUGUUAUUUAGUCUUCAGGAGGAUAGAGGCAUGUCGGGUGGAACACAAUCCUCGAAUGAUACCCGUGGUCCUCUACUCAACAUUACUUCUAUUAUUGGUAGUGUGUUAGUUCGUGAUUCUCUGGGAUCAGAGUCUGCAAACGAUACUACCUCAUUGCAAGGAGCCAUUGAUUUUGCUACAAAAAGCAAGAUACUUGAAUUGAUGCCUGGCUUGUUUGCAAUUCUUGCCGAGUAUUGCACGAUACUCGAUAGGUAUGAAGCAAAAGAUGUAAAGCAAGACGGAGAUUCAAACAGUCGUUUGGAUGAUAAAAGUAGCAUUGCUGGACAAAUUCGAAUUUCUGUCAAGUGGGUGGUUGAAGCUGUUUACAAAACGUAUCCGCAACAAUUCAUGGACGCGAUUAUUGAAGUGUGGUUUACUGAAGUCGAGCAAGCACCCAAGCAUGAAAGUCAAAUUAAACAUGCAUCAUUGUCACUCUUGGAAUUGAUUUCAGAAUGCUCACAAAAAACUGUUGUCAAUGUUGUGACGGAAGCAAUGCGAUUUCAACUGCCGUAUUUGUAUCUGUCUGCUUCGGCAAGUUUAAAUAGAGACAAGUCAAAGGUUAUCAAGCCAAUCCCCGAUCUGAGUCUUUGUGCCUUUCUCGAGUAUUACAUUCGAAGCGUUGCCUCGUCAACCUACUUGAAAGAAAGCAUGCCUAUUUUGAUAGCAUACUUUAAGGAGGCGUGUGUUCAAGCUUCAUCUAUAAAAUAUAUAUUUCCACAACUGCUUUGCUUAAUUGAUUCGAUUUUUGAAAAACUCCAAGGCAUGACUACAGCGGAAGAUAAACGUAUGCGUCGUGAGGCAGAGGAAAUACUCCAGCGAGUGAUGGACUAUUGUAUAUUGAUUAUUGGACGUGCGUUUGAUCAAGGAUCAUGGCGCCGUGUUGUUACGGGAGAUGUGACAGAUUCGUUGUUUCGAGAUGAAAAGAGUGAUACAACUACCGUGCGUGAAUUGGAUCCGCUUGGAUUUGUUUCUAUGGCGAGAUCCACCACUAAACCAAGCGAAGAUACUUUAAUUCAAGAGACAAUGGUUUAUUUUGCAGACAAAUUGAUUCCAAAUUUGACCAAGCUUAUUCAGGACAAUGACCGAAUUGUAGCACUUUCCACCAACUUCACUUACUAUGUGACUUCACCCAUGUUGAAAUCUCGACAUAGUAUGAACAAGCUUUUUUUAAACCCGGUACUCGAUUGUAUCUGUGCGUUUUCACAAAUUCCCUCAUCUCUUAAAGUAUGCCGCAAAGAUCUAUGGGAAGCAUUUCUAGACCCUCGCUUUUUUCAGCUUGGUUCACUCAGUUCCAAAAAAUGGCAAAAAAUCAUGCAUGCAGUGAUGGCGUCUGACAAGGAACGACUCGCUGAACUAUUAGCACGGAUCUCAACUACAUCAUCGACAACGCUGUUUGUAUCGCGUGAGCAAGAGUUGACCAAUCGAGCUCAAAUGUUACGAAGACUAUCGUUUACUCUGUACGCUGCACCCAAAGAUUUCUACUUGCCGUAUCUUCCGGGGAUCCAAGAAAAAAUUGUUGAAGUUUUUAAAAACCCCUAUAUUAUAUUGCAGCUUGAGGGGUUUUUUUGCUUGCGGAUUCUUUUUUGCCGUAUCUCAGCCAAACACAUGUCCAACUUUUGGCCAAUGAUUCUUAGCGAACUGUAUUUAUAUUUGCGAUCCGGCACUAAAUAA